AUGAAAAGAAAUUUAAUAUUUUUCUUUAUUUUUUUAAUAUAUUUAUUAGGUGUUGAUUCAUUCCAACCAAAUGAAGAGAUCAAAGUUAUAUAUUUAGAGGCACCUUUGUUUUAUUCAAAAUAUGGCGCUCUUUUAGCAAAUAUUAGUGCGUUCCAUAGCGGUUUAGGUUUUAUCUCAGAAACAACCGAUGAACAGUAUACAAUCGAUUUUGUAGCAUAUCCAGGUGUAUUAGAAUCAGUAUUACCAAAAGGUGUUAUAUUUGACACCAUUAUGUGGGAUACUGGUGGUAAAGUACAGGUUAAAGAUUAUAUUAAUGGCUCAAACUAUUGGGUUCAAUCUCAAGAGAUUAUGACUAUUGAUGGUGAUAUUUUUGAGACAUUUGUAUGUUGGGCAAAUAACUAUAACAAAACCUACACUUGGUAUCAACUAUUUGAUGUUAUAGAUUCAUUAACAAAUGAAACUGAGAUAUCUUCAAGAAUCUGUAAUGAUUUUGUUUGGGAAGGUGUUAAUGCAUUAUACAAUUUAGGUGGCAACUAUAUUAAUGAAACUGACAUCAUUUCAAAUAGAGAUUUCAUAACAAUUUACUCUAUUGGACCUCCAAAUCUUAUCCAAGAUGGUGGAAAUAAUAAAGAGGUUAUAGAUUUUUAUUCAGCAAUGUUAAACAUCUCACAUAUUAGUAAUCAAACGGUAGCAGGUUUGGUUGACGAGUUGGAUACACUAUUCAAUGGACAUUAUUAUCUCUACUAUAAUGAUAUGUAUUAUAAUAUCACUUUAGCUAGCUCUCCAGUCUCUUUCACCUAUGACGAAGCAGCAUUUGCUAGUGGUGAAAGAAGUAAAGAUAAUAUACAACUAAUUGGCAAUUGCUAUAACAUUCCUCACAACUUAACUCCCUCAAAUAAAAAGCUUGGUGGUGGCUGGGUAUUUUUAAUAGUACUGAUCUGUUUCUCUACAACCUAUUUUAUAGGUGGCGCUUUAAUCAAUCGUUUCUAUAAUCAAAAAUCUGGUUUGGAUAUUAUCCCAAACAGAGAUUCUUGGUCUAAACUUGGUGGUUUAAUAUCUGAUGGUGCUUCAUUUAUUAAAAAUAAAAUUAUUGGUUCCACAUAUAGUGCUACCUAUAAUUCUAUUGCUUAA